GGUUGGUGAGGUCUGAUCGCGCUCUGAUGUUGGAAGUGAUCUCUCGCACAUAUAUGUCAAUGAAUAAGCGCAAUACCGACCAGAUACAAUACUGAUUUUGGCGGAAACUUUUUUUUUUUUUGGAACCAAACUCUUCAUAUGUACAUGUUUUAAUAUUUAGACCACUUCUAUUAUUGAUCACUAUCAGGAUGUGAAGAGAGUUUCAAUAAGAAUAACAAAAAGAUGUUUAUCAUAAAAAUUGCCUACCCUACCUUUAACAAGCUAAAGUGACAGACGACAUAACUGCAACGUUGGUGUGGACUCUAAUAUCGCUACCGUUCUUCGUGUGAACGGGAUUUAAACUUAAUCUUGCUAUAGGCGUAAAUGACACAUCAAAUCUUGCAGUGUGUUAGAGAUGCGCUGUUCCCUUUUCCAAGUGAUUAGAAAAAAAUUCAUAAUGGACUUUUAAUUGGAGAAGAGGAUGACAACCCUACGGUCUGGCCCCAGUCACAUUUAUCUUAGUUGUUAACAGACCCUCUGUCUCCAUUUCUUUCCUUCCAGGACUUCUAAUUACGUGUCCUCCGGUUGUGAUGGAGCUCUCAGGCCAGAGCUUUGAGGGGUUGGGCAGACAGAUCUGGUCUAAUCAGGCCGUAAAUUGGCUUUCGCUGUAAAAGAGCUUAUAUCCACGUCAGAGUUUGUAGUGUUAUUCAGGUCACUAUGGGGGAAACAUACACUUGUAUCAGACUAAAACUAUUAAACAGACCAGAUAGAUGCAAAAAUUUUGACAUUUACACAUGAAAAUACCAAAAUUUCUCAUGCAUAUAUCCACUUGAAAGCUAGAAAAGUUUCAUGUGUAGUGGUCCAGAAAAGAAAAUGAAUGUCCAUUAUGCAGGAAAAAAGAAGUUAAUGCUGCUCUGAAUUGAGAAAUGGUUCUGUAAAUUGUAGUGUUUUUUAAAAACAAUAAUCUUAUUAUAUAUUAUUUUAAAUUAUGCAAUUUAGCAUUUAUUUAAAACAGCCAACAGAAUCCAUGUCAAUGAAAAAUGUAAAUGGCCACAGCUAUUGUCAUAAACACUUGUAGUCUUUGAUUUAAAGCAAAUUUCUUUAAAUAAUGCCUUUUAAUUACAUCUAUUUUUAAUUAUGGACAGGCUUUCAUGGGAUAAUCUCCUACAUUGAAACAUUUUGAUUUGUACUCCAGAUACUGUAUUAUUUUGACACACAAAAAGUAGUAUUUUUACACAUUGCUCUGCAGGUUAUGGGAAUUCCUGGUUAAUCUAGUAAUUGAGAGAAAAUGCAUUUCUUUAACUCAUACCGGCACUCAUACCAACUCAUCCAAACCAAUUCUACAAUUUCUCUCUCUCUCCCUUGUCUGAUCAGGAUGUUUGUCAGUAAGAGGAUUGCGAAUAGGCCAGAGAUUUCCACUGGCCCUAUUAACAGAAAGUGGUUUCACCUUUCUCUCAACCUGUUCCACUGAUAAUAUACCUACGAUAAUUAGCUCCUCUUUGUGUCUACACAAAAAGCCACCUAUCAUAGACUACAUAUGUGCACAAUAACGCAAACUCAACACUAAUACACUUAUAAAUGGUGCGCAAAUCUUCCUUGUACUUUUGAGACCAUUGUGAUGUGAGGCAAUGUGUUAGCAUAAGGAUGGAUAGAUAUUGUAGAUAUUGUUAUUCACCUCUGAAUUUAAAACAGCUGAAACCUCAAAAUAUGUAACUGGCUAAUGUUAUUACUAACUUAUUACCAGUCAAGCACACAGACAGGCAGACGGCGCUCUCUAGUGUUGACAGACAGUAUUAUAGACUGAUAUCACAGUGACCUGAGAUUCACUUGUGACUCACUGUGACAUUUACAAGAGCAUCAUUAAAGUGAUAGUAAUUAAAUAUGACCUGAGAAAUUGUGAAAACAAUACAUUUUAAACAGCACAUGAUAUAAAUAGUUGUGCCUUUGCUGCUGAGGUACAUAGUAUAUUUUCUGUUGUAGUCUCAUUACUGGCCUGACUGUAGCACCAAGUGCAGACUGACCUUUUUAAAUGUAUUCUUGUAUAAUAGUGCUGGGGGAAUGACGCUGCAUUUUCACCAGCUUAACUGUGAAGCAGCAAACUCCAGCAGCAUUCAGUAUUCCUCCUCUUUAGGUUUUAAAGGGGACAACACAACUGUAUAUAUAUAUAGACCAAAAAAAAAACCUAACAGGAAAAAAACAACAAUAUAAUAAUAACUAAUAAAUGUCAAUAAUAUGAAAAUAUAGUUGUAAAUACUAAAAAUGCAUGUAUGUUUAUAUAAGCCUAUACACGUAUCUUUACAUAAAACGAAGAAUUUUGAGGAAAAAAGUACUCUCACUUCCUUAUAUCCGAUGUUACGUCACCUCAUGAAUAUUAAACAUCCGUGUCUCGCGUGCCUAAGCAGUGCCUGGUACCCUCGAGCUAAAGUGAAGCUGAAGACUGAAAACAAAUGAGCACAGUUGAUAAACAGGUAAGAAAACAUCGCGAUAUUUAAUGUUCAAAUUACUACUGCACCAAAGAUGUAUUAUAAUAUAUCCUAUGACUAUUUCAACAAACUAUACUUGCAAAGUAUAAAACAUUUUACUUAAAGGAAGCUUAAUGCGAUGGAUGUCAAAGAACUUCACUGUCAAAUACAUCAUGUAGCUACAUAUAAGUUUGAAAUUAAUGUUCAUGUACAUACUCACCUUGGUCGUUCUUUAAAUGACAUGAAUUCACAUUUGGUCUAAAAAAAUUGCUGUUCUGUAGCCUAAUUUUAUUAUAUUGCAUAGUGGUUUAUAUUACACAAUAUGAUUUUAUUAUAUGCACUAAAUAUAUAUGCAUUAUAACAAAGUUUAAUAUUUAAUUUUUUCCCUCUUAUAAAUGGCAUAAAAUUGAUUAAAGUGUUGUUGGAGGUCUGCGAUAUGACAUGAUGAGCUCUGCCGCAAGUGGCGCUGCGGAUUUUUCACAAUCAGCGGACAGUACCGAAGGGAGGAGGAGAACGUCUCCCGGACAAAACCCCGCCAAGCCGGCCUCAAAACCCAGCGGCAGCCGCUCCUCAUCAUCCACUGCGUCGAAGCCCGGAGGAAAAGGCAUUAAAGGACGCGAAGGAGAGCAGGCGGCUAAAGAGCCACGUGAAGUUCGGGUGAGAGGUGCGGCAGCUGUUCAUGGUGCUGAAACUGAGGCGGUUUGGGAAACCGAGGAGCGGAUUGAUCGCGCUCCACCACCGGACACGCGCCGCGCUCUGCGUUUACCGUGCGUCAACAGAGACUCGUUCUCGGAGCAGCCGGACGGUUCCUCCGGUGGUGGUGUGAGGGGGAGCGAGAAGGAAAGAAAGGCCGCUGCGGGAGGAGAGUACGUGGGCUGCGGGCCGGCCUUCUGGGGCGGGGGCUGUCUGCAGUCAGAGCUCAUCCAGUAUCACAUCAACAAGCGCUUGAAGAAAAGCGGCAGGAUGCAGCGAACAGCAUCUGACGAGACGCAACCGGGACCGGCCUCACAGGCCACGAGCGGCGCCGACGAGCCCGUGACACAGCAGAAUGAAGCCCUGCAGGACGAGAUCGAGAGAUUGGAGGAUGAAAACGAAGAGCUUAAGAAUGAGAUUGAGGAGAUGCGGACAGAGAUGGAGGAGAUGCGCGACACCUUUUAUGAGGAGGACACCUGUCAGUUGCAAGAUAUGCGGCGUGAGCUCGAGCGAGCGAAUAAGAACUGCCGCAUCCUUCAAUACAGACUCCGCAAGGCUGAGCGCAAACGACUUCGCUAUGCACAAACUGGAGAAAUUGACGAGGACCUCCUAAGGAGCUUAGAGCAAGACUUGAAGGUUGCCAAGGAUGUGUCUGUGAGACUCCACCAUGAGCUAGAGAACGUGGAGGAGAAACGAACAAAGACAGAAGAAGAAAACGAGCGAUUGAGACAGAAACUUAUUGAGGUGGAAGUCACCAAACAGGCCCUGCAAAAUGAACUGGACAAAGCCAAAGAGUCUCAGAAACGAAGAGGAAGCAAAGAUGCACAAAAGCCUGAGAGGAAGACUCAGACACCUACAGAGGAGGACAAUGAGGACCUGAAGUGCCAACUGACCUUUGUUAAAGAUGAGGCUACUUUAAUGAGAAAGAAAAUGGCCAAGAUUGACAAGGAAAAGGACCGUUUGGAACAAGAACUCCAGAAGUAUCGUUCUUUCUAUGGAGAUCUGGACAGCCCUCAUCCAAAGGGUGAAGCUGGUGGCCCACCCACUACAAGGGAAUCAGAGCUGAAACUCCGCUUGCGAUUGGUGGAAGAGGAGGCCAACAUCCUGGGACGUAAAAUUGUCGAAUUGGAGGUGGAGAACCGUGGCCUGAGGGCGGAGUUGGAUGAUCUUCGAGGUGAAGAAUCUUCCAAUGGGGGCUUGUCCGGAGCGGAAGGAGGGAUGGGGCGCGAGCAGGGGUCUGAGCUGUCGGAGCUGAGGCAACAACUGCAGUUGGUGGAGGAUGAAGCAGAACUUCUGCGGAGGAAUAUGGCAGAUGUAGAGGAACAGAAUAAGAGAGUGACAUGUGAGCUGAACAAACUGCGCUUUAAAGAGGGUACAAGGCAUGCCUCGGGUGGUAAUGCAGCGAGUGCCGCCAGUGGAGCAGGAGACAGCUCCAAAGCCGAGGCCUUGCAGGAGGAGCUGAAGGCAGCGAGAAAGCAGAUCAAUGAACUGAGUGGGAAAGUGAUGCAGCUGCAGUACGAGAACCGCGUGCUGCUUUCCAACAUGCAACGGUAUGAUCUAUCAUCUCACCUAGCUGUCACACCACGGGACAGUGACGCAGAGAGCGACACUGGUCCUGGAAUUGGAGGGCGUAGAGGAAGCGAUGACGACUCAUCUUCCUCUCGUCUUCCUCCCCAUCGCAAACGUGAGGGUCCUGUUGGAGGAGAAAGCGACUCAGAGGAAGUCCGCAAUGCUCGGUGCCUCACUCCAACUCGCUCUCUCUAUUCUCCUGAAUCCGCCCGUCUCCUCUCGCGCUCCAUUCGGGACAGGCAACAGAUGAUUGACAUCCGUGCUGAAGCAGAGCGAUUGGGACGAACCAUUGAUCGGCUCAUAGCCGACACCAGUAACAUCAUUGCAGAGGCACGGGUGUUCGUAUCUAAUGGGGAUCUUUUCGGCCGUAUGGAAGAUGAUGAGGAUGGCGGCCGGAUCAGGGAGCAUGAGCUACUCUACCGCAUCAAUGCUCAAAUGAAGGCCUUCAGGAAGGAGCUGCAGGGGUUUAUAGACCGACUUGAAGUCCCAAAACCCGAGGAAAGAGAUUCAGAAGAACCAUUAUCUCAUAGUCUCGCCCCUUUGUUUCGUUUGUUUGUCAAUGUUGUGUAUGUCACCAUGGUUGAAGAAUCACAGGACAGUCACUUUCCAAGCACAAACAGCACGCUUAAGCACAGAAGUCUGCAAAACCUUAAUUUCCAAAAAGCUGGAGGCUGUUUUACCCAAUUCACAUAUAUAUAUAUAUAUACGGCUGCUUUGGAAGGCGCAUCAUCAAGACAAGAGUUUUUUUGCAAAUAAAGACUGUUAUACAUCACUGGAAAAACAUUACAUGCAUUUCUCAAGACAUCAAUACCCUUGAGCCUCUGGAAACUGCAUUACCCACAAGACAUUUCUUUCAUUGAGGACUAUGGCUAUCUGCCCAUUGACACUUGCUUUGCCACCAAAGAC